AUUGGUGAAGAAGGAGAAAUUAGAGGAACAGGUAUUUGUUGCCUAUGUUAGGCCCGUCACUGAGCCUAAGGAAGAAAAGCCCAUAAACCCUACUAUUGCCAAAUUGCUGGAAGAGUUUAAGGAUUUGACUGAGCCGCCGACAGGCACGGUGCCGCGGCCCAUCCAGCACCGUAUUGAGAUAGAGCCUGGCAGUAGGACUCCUAAGGGUGUUGUGUAUAGGAUGGCCCCGCGGGAGUUAGAGGAGCUGCGGAAGCAGUUGGACGAGCUCCUUGAAAAGGGUUGGAUUAGGCCUAGUUCGUCUCCUUUUGGAGCCCCUGUUCUCUUUGUCCCUAAGAAAGAGGGAGAGCUAAGGAUGUGUAUAGACUAUAGGGGUCUGAAUGCUAUUACAGUGAAGAAUGCUGAGCCACUGCCUAGGAUAGACGAUCUUUUAGAUCAAGUGCAGGGGGCAAAGUAUUUCUCCAAGAUAGAUUUGAAGUCCGGAUAUCAUCAGAUAGAGGUGCAUCCUGACGAUCAGUACAAGACGGCCUUCCGUACUAGAUAUGGGCUCUACGAGUUCAUAGUGAUGCCCUUUGGACUAACCAAUGCGCCAGCUACGUUCCAACGCUGUAUGAACGAUUUGUUUAGGCCGUGGUUAGACAAAUUUGUUGUAGUUUAUCUAGAUGACAUUUUAGUGUUUAGUAGGACCCUCGAAGAGCAUCAGGGUCAUCUMARGCASGUCUUGGAGAAGCUGAGGGAAGCUAACUUCAAGAUCAAUGCAAAGAAGUGYGAUUGGGCAAASACCCAAGUUYUGUACCUAGGCCACGUCUUAGACGAAGACGGCGUUAAGCCAGAAGAUAGCAAGAUCGCAGCGAUUAGAGAUUGGCCCACGCCACGUACGCUGACAGAGUUGCGCUCGUUCCUGGGCCUAGCUAAUUACUAUAGGAAGUUCGUGAGGAACUUCUCCACCAUCGCUGCGCCCCUUCGCAGAUUGCUGAGAAAGGAGACCAUCUGGAAGUGGGAUAAGGACUGCACGUUUGCCAUGAAGAAGUUAAAGCAGGCAUUGAUAGAGUAUCCAGUCCUUAAAGUCGUCGACCCGUCCUUGCCCUUUGUCGUCACGACCGAUGCAAGUCAAUACGGCAUAGGCGCAAUGUUGCAGCAAGACGAUGGCAAUGGAUAUAGACCUGUAGAGUUCAUGUCCGCCAGAAUGCCUUAUGAGAAGGUCGCGACAUCUACCUAUGAGAGGGAACUCUACGCUCUCAGACAAGCCUUAGACCACUGGAAGCACUACUUGCUUGGGAGGCACUUCAAAGUCUAUUCUGACCAUGAAACGUUACGAUGGCUAAAGACGCAGGCCAAGAUGACACCUAAGCUCACUAGGUGGGCCGCAGAGAUAGAUCAAUACGACUUCGAGCUCAAGCCUGUCAAAGGGAACUGCAAGAUUGCCCAUGUUUGGGUGGUUGAGCGGGAAAUGGUCCCACACCCAUCUGCUGUAACAUCAUACCCACCGAGUGCCAAGUGCGGCAGGCUGAUAAAGGAAGAAGAGGAGAAGCUGAAGGAGGUGGAUGAAGAGGAGGAGGGACCACCACUGCAAAGGAGUGGGCAGCACAGCGACCGCAGCAGUGAUGAGAUGGAGAAGAAGAUUUCGGAGUGGGUCGCCAACUUAUCCCUGGGUGAGGUUGAAGAGGUUGCUAUGUACAUCCCCAAGGAUGAGCAAGAAGCCGCCAUGAAGAAAUGGGAAGCAGAAGAAGAUGGUCUGACGCGGCGGGCGAUGGAGGAUGAACAAAGGAUGGCGUGGAAGCUCGCAGUGAUGAGGGAGAAGAAGAGAAGAGUGGAGGAGGCGAAUGCGGCAAUGCAGGAACUGGAGGAGGUGAGGGUUGCCAUAACAACACAAUUGAUUCCGCAAGUGGAGAUCAUCGCCCAAAGCGUUGAGCGGUUAGCUAAAGUGCAAGAAAGGCACUUUGAGUUUAGUCGCAGCCAGGAGAUAUUUGUACGCUCGAUGCGAACGGGCUUACGGGAUUUUGCUCGCAAACUAGUAGGCGUUGUGGGAUCCGAGGUGAGUCAUCGCCUCGAGAAGACUAAGCGUUUUUGUGUCGGCGCCAUCGAAGGCGUCAAGGUGGCCGCUCCCAAGGAGGAGGACGCCCGUCCUUGCAGGGAGCCAGUCAAAGUCAAAUUCCCUAAUUCUUAUAGUGGGAAAAGGGAAGAGAACUUUGACAAUUGGGAGGCCAAUGUUAAGACCUAUGUGCAUUUGCAACAGGUCUCCCCGGAUCAGCAGGUCUUAAUUGCAAUCCAUGCACUUAGAGACGAGGCCGCUAGUUUCGCGAGAUCCCUUGUUCGUGCUGCCAACUGUAGUGACGAUCCAGUUGCGUACUCCUCAUUUACGUCCCUCACCGAAUUCCUGAAGUUGCUGCUCGAGCGAUUUGCUGAUGUCGCUCACAGUGUCAAGGCCUCAGACAAGCUCCAAACCAUCCAUUCUCGUAAAUGGAAGAGUGUCAGGGCACUCAAGGGUACAAUGGAUGAGUUGGUGGUCGUCCCUGACCAUGGGGUCACAGAGGGCCAAUUGGUUAACCUCUUUUAUCGGGCUAUGCCCGAAGCCUUUCGAGAGCAGUUCUUCGCGAAGAGCGAAGACCCUGCCACCACUUACGAUUCCCUUAGUCGUGAGGUGGUGGCUUUUGAAGCGAAGUCAGUGUCCCUGUCCACCUUUUGGCAUAAGGAUUUGGACAAGGGAAAGCAAUGGAAAGGCCGCACUAUCUCAGGGCAGUUUAAGGAUGCCCUGACACCACUCUUUACCAUCGGAGGGGAGCAAGGUAACAUCGAAAAAUGGACGGAUGCGGACGGUCAGCACCACACGGUUGACCUUCGCCCAGUGCUCGUCAGAGUAUCAGACAAGAUGUUACUGAAGGAGGACUUGGAAUGGAUUCCAUGGCAGGUAGUGGAAUCAAGUCCGUAUGGAUUGCUGGGGCACGGAAUGGCACCGGAGAGGGCAGCCCUGGCAGCAGCGCUGGUGACCAGGCACAAAGUUUUUUUGGCCAACGAGGGAGGAUGGGUCAAGAAAAUUAACACAUUGAUGGAGAAGAAGGAUGCAGUCUAUUUGAAGCGUUAGAUUGACAAUGGAGAUACAAAACUGUAGAACAAGAACAUUAGAGGGUUAUGAACAAUCAGGCGGUCCUACUGUCUCAAGACGCCAUGCAGCCAACACCAG